GGCCCCUUACCUGCACCAGUGCACCCACCCGCCCAUCGCGCGCUGCUCGCCGUGCUGCCGCUCCGGUGGCGACGGCCACGCACUGCCGUACGCCACUCCCAGCGAUCUUCUCCACAACCGGCAUCCUUACUCCUUUGCCUUCUUGAUCACAGUGGUCUCCUAAGAGAUACUGCUCUCGAUACACCGCAACCGCAUGAUCCGGAAGGGCUCUGCGUGCUUGAGCCCGCGCGCGCUCAAGCAAAUCCACGGCAACCUCGUUGUCAGCGGCAUCACCUCGCGCAGCCUGCAACCCGUGCGCGAACUUCUCCUCUCCUGCACAGCGUCGUUCCGCGGCGGCAUGGACUACGCGCGCAGGCUGUUCGACGGAAUUCCGCCCCCGGGGCCGGACCUAUUCAUGCACAACACCAUGCUGCGCGGGUACGCGCACGCCGGCGCACCCCACGCGGCGUUCGCGGUGUACAGCCGUAUGGAAACGGUGGGCCUGAGGCCCGACGGGUUCACAUUCUGCAACCUCCUUCGCGCCUGCUGUGCAGGCAUCGGCAUGCCGGCUUGUUCCAGCGCUGGGUGGCAGGUGCAAGCCGUCGUCGUGAAGCUUGGGUUCCUGGAGGACGCGUUCGUGAGGAACGCGCUCAUCAAUAUGCACGCCAAGUGCGGGGACUUGGGCGUCGCCGGCAUGCUUCUUGGUGAAGCCAGCGAGCGGGACAUCGUGGCGUGGUCCGCUGUCAUAGCUGGGCACGCGGGCAGAGGUAACCUGGACGUGGCAAGGCAGAUGUUCGAUCAGUGCCGGCACAAGGACAUUGUGUGCUGGAACGUGAUGCUGGGUGCGUAUGCGAAAUACGGGGAGAUGGAGAAAGCGAGGGAGCUGUUUGAUCGUGCGCCGGAGAAGGAUGUGGUUUCUUGGAACACCAUCAUCACUGGGUACUCGAUGCAGGGAAUGCUGGAGCAAGCGUUGGAGGUCUUUGAUGAGAUGAGGGGUGCAGGGUGGAUGCCUGAUGACGCGACUAUUGUUAGCUUGCUGUCAUGCUGUGCGAAUGCAGGGUCACUUGAUGCAGGGAGGAUGAUACAUUCUUUGCACUUGGAAGGCAGACAAGUAAUAAGUAUUUUGAUUGGAAAUGCAUUGGUAUCAAUGUAUGCAAAAUGUGGGGAUGUCAAUACUGCAUUGGAAGUCUUUAGCAGGAUGAAGGAGAAAAAUGUUUGGACAUGGAAUUCGAUCAUUGGAGGACUAGCCUUGCAUGGACAAGCGGAAAAAUCGGUUCAAUUCUUCAGUAAAAUGCUUGAAGAGAAAAUUCACCCAAAUGAGAUUUCUUUCCUAUGUGUUCUGGGUGCAUGCAACCAUGCCGGACUGGUUGAAGAAGGUCAUAGGUAUUUCUAUCUUAUGAAAGAAAGGUAUGGGAUUGAACCUAAUGUAAAGCAUUGCAGUUGCAUUGUGGACAUGCUUGGCCGUGCUGGUCUACUGGAUGAAGCAUUUCUAAUUGUGAGUGGCAUGAGGCAACAAAAUGCAGUUGUAUGGAGGACCCUGCUUGCCGCCUGCAGAACCCACGGGAAUAUGGCUCUGGGCAAGAUUGCUCAGGAGAAGCUUCUUAGCAUAAGUGGAGAUGCAUGUUGUGACUAUAUACUCCUCUCUGGCAUUUAUUCAUCGUACGGUGAAUGGUCAAGGGUGGAGACAGUGCGAAGAUCUAUGGAUAAAAGAGGGCUAAGGAAAGUAGUUGGCUGUGCUCAGAUUGGCCAUAAAACUGCUGGUCUUUCAACAGCAUAACCGUGAUUUGGGUGAUCUACACUUCUAUUGAGUGGAAAAUGGAAAAGGUGAUAAACGCCCACAAAUGGCUUUUCAUUUCUGCUUGUAUACCAGUGACUGGAAACCGGUAGUAGAUCCCAUCUCAGUCAAGUUAAACCUGCCAUGAUUUCACUGCCAGUAGCAGCUUCUUUAUAUGAAGGUGCACACCAUCAAUCAUCAAGAUGAAAGAACAGGUACAGAAUCACGGCAACACUUGAGAUAGCAGAGAAUCAUAGCAAGAUGUAAUAGGCUUAUAGGCACAUAGACGGUUACAUAAAGAUAGAAGCCUGAUGACCACACUAUUAUAUUGUAUACUUCAUGUGGAAGCAAAUGAUGUGCGAUUUGAUCUAGCGCCUCGCAAGGGCAAUGGCGGAGAGUAAUAUCAGAAGUAUGAGCACAACCAUGGCUCCAAACGAACCAAUGAGCGAUCCAGAGAUACGCUCGCAGAAUGAGUCAAACUGCUGGCAAAUAGCAAGCCAGUUUGCCCUGACAUUGCCCUUGUGUGCUAAGUACACAAUAGCCGCUGCUGCUGAUGCUCCCGCAGUCACCAGUGCUAGCAUUACCUUCAAAAGAAUCACAAAGAAAACAGAUAACUAGGUGAUAUAUUUGUUGAUGAUUCUUUCUUUUCAAUAUAAACAACUUGAGUAACCAUGCGUACUUUCAUGCAGGAUGAUUUUUCAAGUUCUCAAUAUGCUUUGAAUUAGAAAAGGAUGCAGUCUUACUGCAUCAAGAAAGAUCAAGAGGAGCCUGCUGAAUUUGGCCCUGCUCCUAAUGAUGUGCACAAUUGACAAUGGAAGUGAGAGGAUGAGAUAGGCACAGACAAUUGAAUUCGCAACGACGAAGAACCUGCCGAAAAAGAAAGAAAUUGGAAAAGUUGGAGCAUCGGAUACUCAUAGGUUUGUUAUCUGAGAUCAUUGCUAGCUAGAGUUAUUGAGGUUGGCUUACGUUAGAGUCGGAAGAUCACUGUACUGCGCCUUGAACCGGAUGAACUGUGUGAAGAAAGGAAGUGUCUCGUUGGUGGUGCCCAUUGCAAUGGCACUGGCAAGGGUGCCGAUGAUGGCAAUGAAACGAAGUAUGAGAUCAAGCACAGACAGUCCUUUGCUGACCCCCCUGUUCAGGGGCGCCUUGGAUGUCUCGCCAUGCUCCCCGGAUUCUUUCAUUGCGAACUCUCUGAAGCUCUCGCUCUGUGAAACCUGAUUGCUCCAGCUAAUUUGAAGAAUAGAGCCCAUCUUCUUCACAUAUAUAUGCUUGGUGAUUGGCUUGCUGCACGAAGUGCAAAUGGAUUAGGUCGGCUCGAUGCCUGAGCAGGUGGCCGUACAGGGUUUGUUCUGUGAGUACUUCCAGGUGCAUUUCGGUUGACACCUACUCUACUUGCUCCAUGGAGAUCAAUCGCCUCAAUUUGUGCAGAGUUUAUGGUCUCUUUACAUCCGUGGACUUCCAAAUGUGCGCUGCUAUGGGCAUUCGCAUGUCACCGCUAUGUGUCCUAUGUACGAGGCUUCAACUAAACGCUUGUUAGCUCGUUCCAACUCAAGCAUUGUGAUGUUCAACUUUAUGUCAGUUCACGAGAUCCGGGGAUUGUCCGUUUUGAGCUGGUGAAUUAUUUCAUGUUCUUCAAAGAUCCAUAGCUGGUGGUCAUGUGGAGGGUGGAGCAGUGGAGCGUCCAUAGCUGGUUGUUAUCACUUUACUACUUAUUCAUUGAUAACAUAUAUGUUCUCUAUUUGGAGGAAGCAUGAUGGUCGAUUUUUCCCUUUA